AUGACACCCGCCUCCGUCUCCAUCUCCUCCCCCGCCCCCGCCCCCGCGCCCACAAAGCCGCUCUACCUCCGCCGCCCGGUCAUCGCGGGCGCCGCUGCGUUGGCCGCGUUCCUCCUCCUCGCCGCCGCCUACGCCACCAGGCGAGCCGGGUCCCCACCGACCGCCCUCCUCGCCCACCCAGCUGUUGCCACUAGGUUCUUCUCCUUCGACCUGGUCCGCGAGUACCCUCACGACCCGGAUGCCUUCACCCAGGGUCUCUUGUACGCGGAAAAUGACACUCUUUUCGAGUCCACUGGCCUCUACCACCGGUCUUCAGUCCGAAAGGUUGAUCUUCAGACCGGAAAAGUUUUGGUUAACCACCAAAUGGACGGACAAAUGUUUGGAGAAGGUUUAACUCUUCUCGGUGACAGAUUGUUUCAGGUUACCUGGUUGAAGAACGAAGGGUUUAUAUAUGAUCAACAUAACUUCUCCAAACGCACGAGUUUUACCCAUAAAAUGCGAGAUGGUUGGGGUCUGGCGACUGAUGGCAAAGUUCUUUUUGGCAGUGAUGGCACUUCAAUGCUGUAUAAGCUGGAUCCAAAGUCACUUGAAGUCAUGAAAGUGGUGACUGUCAAGUAUCAUGGUAAUGAAGUCCCCUAUCUUAAUGAGCUGGAGUAUAUAGAUGGUGAAGUCUGGGCAAAUGUCUGGCAGACAGAUUGCAUAGCUAGAGUGUCCCCUGAAGAUGGCCUAGUGGUGGGCUGGAUCUUUCUUCAUGAGCUGAGGCGGCAGUUGUGGAACUCAGGCAAUACGAAUAUUGAUGUCUUAAACGGGAUAGCUUGGGAUGAAAGAAACCACAGAUUAUUUGUGACAGGGAAACUGUGGCCAAAGCUAUAUCAGAUCAAGCUACGGGCAGUAGAUGGUCCAGCAGAUGGAUCUGUAGAAAAACUUUGUCCAAAAGCCAGCUUCUAUCGCUGA